AUGGGUGCGUCUCCGGAUGGCCCAGGAGCGGAGGCAUCCUUCUUCGGUGCCUCGUACAUAUCGCUGCCCCUUCAGGAGGCCAAGAGCUCGACGGAGAUCAGCCUUCGCCUCAAGACACACAGAGCUGACUCCCUCCUCCUCCUCGCCGCGGGCACCACUGACUACUGCCUGGUGGUGCUGGAGGGCGGCGCCUUGAGAGUGCGCAUUAACCUCGGCGCCGGAGAGUCAGAGUUGUCAUCACCGCCUCGACUUCGCCUGGACGAUCUGUUGUGGCAUGAUGUAAAGAUCUCCCGCAACACAGCUGACAUGACUCUCACUAUUGAUAACAUUCACACCACAAAGAUAACGCUGGCCGGGAGGUUUCACGAACUCAAUAUUCACUACGGAGUUUUCCUGGGCGGCCUUGGAGACUUCACGGAGAUCUUUCUUGGGCUGCUAGAUAACUUCAGAGGCUGCAUGGAUCAGGUCAUGUACAACGGGAUAGAAGUCCUGCGGGAAGCGAGGGAAGGAAACUCCAAAACCUCAGAUGUGUACGGGGUGGAGUGGCAAUGUUCGGAGGAGUUUGAUGCCUCCCCGACUGCCGCUAUUAGUUUUGUGCAGCCGGGCGCCUACGUGGCCUUCCAGGAGUCCUACCCACGCACGGGAGGCUCCAUCAGCAUGCAGAUCAAGACACAGAGUCAACACGCGCUACUGCUGUACAACACAGGCCCGCCAUCCAGGUCGGAUUUCAUUGCACUGGAGAUCUACGAGGGGCGCCUGAGACUUAUCAUCGACAAGGGAAAUGGUGCGGUGAGCUUAAACAGCACGGUACCAAUUAGUGACGGCGUCUGGCACUCGGUGGAGGCUCACUUCCAACCUACGUACAUGGAGCUGAGCGUUGAUGACCACAUAGAGGACCAACCCACGGCCGUCGGGGAGAACAAAUACUUCGAUCUGUCCGGGCUUCUGUUCAUAGGCGGCGUGGAGGUGAACAAGCGAGCCAGAGCGGUGAACCAAGGCGCCAGGAACGGAGAUAAGAGCUUGGAGGGUUGCAUACAGCACCUGAAGGCGGGGGAGCGUCGCCUCAGUAUCAGAGAGGCUAGGGUGACGCAAGGGAUUCAAGCGGAGUGUAAAUGGGCGUACCCUUGCCUUAAGAACCCCUGCGUUGACGGGAGUGUGUGCGUCCAGGAGGGCACUGACGGCUUUAAGUGUGAGUGUGACCUGGCCCUUUGUGUCCGCCAGAACUUCACCACAGCCUACAAAGUGUUCACCAAGACCACACUGCCCUUCGACCUGGAGGUGUUAAGUCUCACGCCGAUGGAGGUGCAGGAGGGCGGCCAGGCGCUCAUCACCUCAGAUCACCUGCACCUCGUCCUCGAUUAUGAAAAGUACGGGGUGAGAGAGUCCGGGGUGCUCUUCCAUGUUAUUACCCUCCCGUCACGAGGCCACUUGGAUGUUAAGCUGUGGCGGAGACCCGAGGAUAACACCUUUACUCUACUGGAUCUCAAUAAUGACGGGGUGACCUACGUGCAUGACGGCUCCGAGACCACUGAGGAUUCUGUGGUGCUGGAGUUGGAACUUGUCACACGGUCUGGUUACAUCCUACCCUCGUAUCUGCAGUCCCGCCAUAGAUUCGUGCUGCCAAUUCGGGUCGUGUCCAGAAACGACCCUCCGAGACUGCAACUGCCGCCCGGGGAUGUGUUGCGAUUGGCGGCAGGGACCACAAGAACCUUCACGCCAGAGCUUAUUAACGUUCUGGACAGCGACACCGCCCCCGGCAAGCUAAGGAUAUCGGUCCUCAACCUGAAGGGCCCUGAGAACGGCUACAUUCAGAGCUCGCAGUCCCCGGGUGUCCCCAUCCACACGUUCACGCUGGAGCAAGUGCAGCACGGCCUCGUCUCGUACGUGCACCGCGGCCCCUCCAACACCAAGAUCGUGCUGCAGGUGUCGGACGGCAUCGAGACGGGCGACCCUGUCAUCCUGCGUGUGGCGGCAUUCGAAUUACAAGUGUACCUGGUGAACAAGACGGGCCUCAGCAUCACACACGGAAGCUGGGCCCUCAUCACGCCCGCCAACCUCUCCUACACCACCAACGCCCCCGAGCAGGACCUGGAGGUGUUUUUUGAGAUCACGGGACAGCCUCGCUAUGGCGCCGUGCAGAGGCUCCGUAGCCCCGAGCGGUGGGCGGACGUUGAGCAGUUCAGCAGCCGCCAGCUCCAGAAGGGCAAGAUCCGCUACAAGCACAUCAGCACGGAGCCGCAGGAGGACGAGUUCAGGUUCAAGCUUUUUUGCGGCGACCAGAAGUUCCCGACGGAGUACACCUUCAGCAUCACCUUCGUCUCCGUCACGGUGGACAUCAUCCGCAACGCCGAGCUGCUCAUCGACAGGGUGCAGGAGAGCUUCAUCUCCGAGGGCUUCCUGCAGAGCGAGACCCGCCCAGAUCCCACGCCCAGCAAGGACAUUAUGUACAAGAUCAUCUCCCCGCCCAUGUACGGCUCCAUCUUCCUGAGCUCCGGGGACCUGACGCAGCACAAGCAGCUCAAGAAGGGCUCCAACUUCAGCCAAGAGGACGUGGCCAAGGGAAGGAUCAAGUACAGACUGCACAGGAAGAGCUACUCUACCCUCCGCGACUCCUUCCAGUUUCAGGUAACGAGCAACGGCCGCGCCAGCACCGUGCACACCUUCAACAUCCGCCACACUCCGCCGCCCGUGGACGCAGACAUCGUGGUGGAGCGCAUGGACAUCCGGGAGGGCGGCACCGAGAAGAUCACCGACAAGUACCUGAAGAUUGAGGUGCAGAACAUCAGGAACAUCGUGUUCAACGUGACGGUGCCGCCCAAACACGGCGCCAUCAACGUGAUGGACGAGUCUAUGGUCACCCCAGCGAGACUCAACACCACCUUCUUCACCUCACACGAGAUCAAUUCCGGAUCCGUAUCUUACACACACGACGAUUCGGAGUCCAAGAAGGAUCACUUCCACUUCGUGGCCCUUGCGGAGGACCCGCAGGUAGACUUCCAGUACGUGGGUGUCAUGCACUUCCGCGUCAUCAUGAUCAACGACAACCACCCCAUGAGGACCAUGGAGAAGGUGAUCAACGUGGUGACCAACAGCGAGCGCGUCAUCACCGCCAACGACCUGCGCUACGUGGACCCAGACAUCGACACCCCGACCAGCAGCAUCCAGUACACACGCAGCAAGAUUCCCAAUGGAGAGUUCUACCACGUGGAGGACAGGUCAGACCCGGUGUACCUGUUCACGCAGGAGGACAUUGAUCGCCGACGGAUUGUGUUCCGCCACGAGGGUCCCUCCUACGGCAAGUCAAUCAUCUCGGUGACGGACGGCCAGCUGUCCUCCACGGGCAUCCUGGAGGUGGUGGCGUCCGAGCCCUUUAUCGAGAUCGUCAACAACAGCGGCAUCAUCGUCCCUCGCGGGCAAGAGGCUCCCAUCUCCAACUACAACCUGAGCGUGGAGACCAACAUGAAUGCAUGGGGCGCCGCGAUACUGUUCCGUGUCACCAAGCCGCCUCGCUACGGCCGCCUGGUGGGUCUAGGAUCCUCGGAACCCCGCAACACCUUCACGGAGGCGGACCUGCAGAACGGCCACCUGCGGUACGUCAACAAGGGCGACCCGAGCUUCAGGGACGAGUUCCGCUUCCAAGCCAGGAUCGGCGACACCACUACGGAUGGCAUCUUUGAAGUGAAGGUGUACCCGGAGAGUUACUGGGAACCUCUGGUCGUCCUAAACAACACAACAGCACGAGUGGAGGAGGGCGCCCGCGUGACUAUCGACCAAGCAGUCCUGAACGUGAUGCAUCCUAACAUAGCGCCAUCUGACAUCACCUACGUCAUCGUGCAGAGGCCUCAGAAUGGCUACCUCUACAUUGAUCACAGCACGGGCACCUCCGCCUCGUCCUCUUCCUCUCCGUCCUCGCCAUCGUCCAGUCACGAGUACGAGGAUGAGGCAAGUCUCCUCAAACCCGAGGUCAACGUGUUCGACCAGGCGCUAAUCAACCAGGGUCGCGUUCACUACGUCGAGAUGGGAACAAACGUCACCAGCGAUCAUUUUGUAUUUGACGUGACCAAUGGGAUCUCCAGCCUGUCUCGCCUUGUCUUCAACAUCCAGGUGAUUCCCAAGACAAUCUACCUGUCGGCCGGGCUAAUACAGGUGGACGAGGGGGCGCACACCACAGUCACCCCCUCCGUAGUUACUGUGUUGACUGACUACUACACAGACAAGAUUCGGCAGUACCUGGUGACGGUGCAACCCACGGCGGGUCAGCUCGAGCUCACCAGCAGGCGUGGGAGGAAGGUGGAGGCGUUCACACCGGAGCAACUCAAGCAGGGACUUAUUUCGUACGUGCACGAUGACUCAGAGCGACUCAAGGACACCUUCAGCCUCGUCGCCGUGUCCGGGCUUCGUCAGAGCGCCCCGGCCCAGGUGAACGUGCAGGUGCGGGGCGUGAAUGACGAGGCGCCGUUCGUCAUCAAUAACACCGGCAUCACCUUAUGGGAGGGCAACACUGUGCUCAUCACCAAUUCCAACUUAGCGGUGAUGGACCCUGACACGCCCGCCGAGAACCUCAGCAUCACGGUGGCCACGCCAGACUCAGGCUUCCUCGCCCUCGCCUCCAACCUGAGCCACCCGGUGUCCUCCUUCACCCAGGCAGACGUCAACAACAAGCGCCUAUACUUCACCCACACAGGCGGGCUGUCUGGAAUGUUCCGGUGGGAGGCCAGCGACCAGGUUCACGGCACGGGCUCCCACGUGUUCACCGUGACGGCGCGGGAGCUUCACCUGCACCUGCGGCACAACAAGCCCAUGUGGGUGUUCCCCAUGAUGCAGCAGGCGCUAUCCUCGGAGGUGCUGCUCACCCUCACCUCGGACCACGAUCCGCGCCGCUCCGUCAUGUACGUGGUGCGCCAGGCGCCCCUGCUGGGCCACCUGCUGCUGGAGGGGCCUGGCGGCGUGCGUGUGCCCGUCGAAAACUUUACGCAGCGUCACGUCAACGAGUCUCGCGUCAUCUUUGAGCACACGAGUCCCUUCACCGAGCUCUCCGCCAGCGACAUGUUUGUAUUCGAUGUGGAGACGCCCUUCGCCGAGCCACUGCGGGACCAGGAGUUCCAUCUGGAGAUAUCGGUGGCUAGUCCGCGCGGCGGAGGCCUGGAGAGGUACCUGGGCCUGGCGCCGCUGGUCGUGGCGGAGGGCGGACAGGCGACAGUGCGGCCGGACAACUUAAAUCUGUCGGCAGUGCUGGAAUUUAUCGAAGGUUACCCAGCGGCCAGUAGUUCUGACCGUCCGCCGCCGCGCCUCAUCACCACCGUCACAGCCGUCCCUAUGCACGGCAUCUUCACACUCCGCAAGAGAAACCUCACCGAGGGAUACACGUUCACGGUGAGGGACAUCGAAAAAGGACGAGUCCGGUACGAGCACGACCACAGCGACACGCUGCGGGACGCCAUGGGCUUCACCGUGGCGCUGGCAGGCAAUGGGUCAUCCCCGGACGUUCUGCUGUUCAACGGUUCCCUUAACGUGAGCGUGACCCCAGUGAACGACCAGCCGUUCACCCUGAUGACCACCCCGCCCGUCAUGAAAGUGGUGCACCGCCAAAACGCCAUUAUCACCAACCAGAGCCUGCUGACGACAGAUCCCGACAACCCCCCCAGCGAGAUCGACUACGAGCUGAUGAACACGCCGGACCACGGCCGCCUCAUCCUGGCGCACAACUACAGCGUGGCCGUGCAGUCCUUCACGCAGGAGGACAUCAACGCGGGCCGCAUCCUGUACGCCCACGACGGCACCAACGACUCGGACAGGUUUUAUUUCAAGGUGUCCGACGGCAAGCACGAGCCCAAGUACACGGUGUUCACCAUCGAGAUCCAGCCGCUGACGCUGACGCUGGUGAAUCACACGGUGCUGCCGCUGCGCCAGACCACCACCACCGCCUACCUCACGCCGCACCACCUCGCCGCGCACACCAACGGCAACCCAAACCACAUCUUUUACAACGUCACCAGGCCGCCCAGGUUUGGACACCUGUACAUGAACGACCAGGUUGUGCACACGUUCGGCCAGGUGAACAUAGAUAAGGGCGAGAUCCUGUACAUGCAGGUGGAGAUGACGGAGCCUGCAGACAACUUCCAGGUGGACAUCUGGACCUGGGAGGCGACAGUGCCGGGAGUGGAGGUGCGGGUUGCGGUAUCGCCGCUGAUAGAGUCCAACCCGAUGACAGCGGUGGUGGGCGGCCGCACGCGCCUCACCCUGGAGCACCUGGAUGCCUCCCAACUGGCCACAGUCACCGGCAGCAGCCCGGUGUUCAAAGUGAAGCGCAGGCCGCGCUUCGGCAGGAUCAAGAAGGUGACCCGCCGCGUGCGCCGCUCAGGCCGCUCACAUGAGGUGCAGCAGUUUACGCACGAGGAGCUGCGCGCCGGCGUGAUCUAUUACGUGGCCAGGAAGCUCAACUUGAAGGCAGACGAGCCGCUGCACGACGCGCUACACUACGUGCUACACGUGCCCGCGCCAGGCAUACAGCCGGCUGAGGGCACGCUGCGCCUCACACUGGUAGAGGCGGGGGCGGUGCUUAAGGAAGGGGCAGAGCCCCCCAGGCACCUGAGGCCCGACUUGCCGCCCUCUGUCAGGGGCAGCUCAGAGACGAGCAGUGCAGGCACCGGCAGCUCCGAGCUGUUCCUGGGUAUCCCCGAAGACUACCUGGUGGUAGUGGUGGCGGGCGCCGUCGCCCUGGCGGCCAUCGUGGCCAUAGUGGUGGUGGCGCGCUUCGUCACAAGACGCCGACACUCCGACAAGAGACGCGACGUGGUGAUGGACGCCGAUGUGGCCUCGCUGCCCCCGCCGCUGCCUUCAGACUCGAGGCCAAACUCCUUCCUGACGGAUGACAUGUCCGAGCUGGAGUGUCGGCCCACCGACCUGCCGUCCUCGCCGCGGCCCGGGCGGCACCUGCACCACCAUCACCACAACGGCGGAAGCGGCAGCCUGGGCCUGGCUGCUCAUCUCACCGAUUCCGACGCCUCGUGGCCGCACGACAUCUCCCGCGAGGUGUCGCCGGCCGUGCCGCAGUGCAAGGUGACGCCCCUCUGCACCGACACCACCUCCCGCGACACGCCCUACGACCCCCACCUGGCCGGCUACCCGUAUGGCAUGGACACGCAGCAGGCGGAGGAGUGGGGUCUCUACGAGAAGCACCAGCCCAGAACCACCAACCCCAUGCUUAGGAAGAACCAGUACUGGGUAUAGAACCGGCUGAGGUGGGCGGCUGAGUCCCCCCCACCAGCAGCAGUGUUACCGCCACCACGGCCACCACGGCCACCACGUACACCACGUACACCACCCUCACUCUCACCGCCACCGUCACUCUCAUCACAGCAAAAUGCUAAGCUAACGCCCAUCCCGACACCAGCACCAGCGCCAUCACCGCCGCAGCCAUCAUCACCACCACCAAGCACUGAACCAUCGUCUUGCUCCCCGCAACCACCAUCACCACCAUCACCACCGUCACCACCACCACUGCCAACACCACCCCCGCCACCAUCACCACCACAGCCCCUCCCGGACAUUAUACAGAGCACAACGCUAUGAGAGAACGAAUCACUGUGGAAAAACUAGUAAAAAAUGACAAAAAAAAAAAAACGCUCAUAAGGUAAAAUGAGAAACUUGUUCACUCUUGGCGUCGUAAAGAGAAAGCUUAGCGCGCCGUGGCAGGUCUGAACACACUCCUCCAGGGACAGACUGACUCAAGUUCCCUCGUAAAGAGUCGCGUGUCCCGAGACAAUGGAUUCGUGGCUCAUAAGAUAUAAUAAAAAAAAAUAAAAAAAAUCCUUAAGUGCCCUGAAAACUCCCUCCCGUUGCUUAUGUGCGUUUUAGUGAGUGAGUGAGUGCGUGAGUCAGUGAGAGCGAGUGAGAGCCAGCCUUGAGGGAGAUACUACUGGUUGUUAAAAGUCAGUCAAUAACACACACACACACGCGUGCAAAGGGAAAGAGAGAGAAAGACAGUAAAAAAAAAAAGAUAAAAAAGUAAAAAAGUAAAUGUGUUAGUGAAUGUGUGACAAAUGAUACUGACGAAAAUAAUAAAAAAAAAGUGAGGAAAGAAUGAAAAAACGAAUAAAAAAAAUGAGAUUAGAAUGAGUAAUAAGGAAUGGAUCAAAGACAUUACUCAGCGUUGAAUAAGAGUCGCGAGUGAGUGAAUGAGUGAGUCAGUGAGUGAGAAAACCAAACUGAAAAGAAUAAAAAAAAAAGUGCAAUUAGAGAGAGCAGCGAGGAAUGAACCAAGAACCAUGACCCAGUUUGUGUCGAACAAGAGUCAGUGAGUCAGUGAGAGUCAAUGCGAGUCGCGUUCCUCACAACUUGACUCAUUAGCCGCUCUGACUCAAGGAAGUGGGGGAAGAAAACCUACUCAUCACCAUCGGCGCCUGGAGGAAACUCAUGGAGCCCUCGGGAAAAGAGGAAGACAUUUUUCCCCAUUAUUUUUUGCCGCUGCAAGUUGGGAAUCACAAUGGUGUGUGUGUGUGUGUGUGUGUGUGUGUGUGUGUGUGUGUGUGUGUGUGUGUGUGUGUGUGUGUGUGUGUGUGUGUGUGUGUGUGUGUGUGUGUGUGGAGGAUAGGGAAUGCAUAGGGAUGAAGGGAUGAAGGAGGAUUUUUGAAAGGGGAAAGAGGUAAUGAUACCCUUCCCUCCCCUCUUUUUUCCCCUUCCUUUUCCCUUCACCCCUUCAUCUCCCUUCAUCCUCCAGCCUAACACCGCAUCACAAAUUUUGUCUUUAAGGUCCACCGCAGUUUUUUUCCUCAAUUAUUUUUUUUACCUCGGUUUGCAAAUGAACCGAAGAAUCAUUUCCAGUUAUGCCACGAAAUUCUGAUUCUCUAUUUAUACUUUAAGGCGAGUUUCUUGUACAUAAAAUCCCCCUUUCUAUUUAUUUAAGGUCUAAUUCGUAAGUUUUUUUUUUUGUAUUGUAGUGGUUAUGGAGGAGGUGUGCUGAUUUUAAGGUUCGUGUCUUUUUAUUUAUGGCUUGCUUGAGUUUGUCAUUUUUGUGUUGUAUGUACAGGUGCUGGUGACCUGAAGGAACGCCAGGUCAGGUCAGGGAGGUCAGGUUACGUCAUGUUGCCUAAAUGUUUCAGGGAAGGAAUACUGUGUGUGUGUGUGUGUGUGUGUGUGUGUGUGUGUGUGUGUGUGUGUGUGUGUGUGUGUGUGUGUUACUUAAUCUCUGAAUACGGAGACCAAUUAUUGAUAUUUACUUAACUGCUUUUGCAAUUACGUACUUCAGUCUCUCUCUCUCUCUCUCUCUCUCUCUCUCUCUCUCUCUCUCUCUCUCUCUCUCUCUCUCUCUCUCUCUCUCUCUCUCUCUCUCUUUCUCUCUCUCAAGCUGGAAAUUGAAAUGAAUGUGGCUGGAGCUGAAGUCUUUCUCUCAUAACAAAGGAAAUGAGAGAAAGACGAUGAAUAAAAGCAGACCACAUUUAAAUUUUUGACACCAACAAAAUCUCCUUUUCCAAAUUAAUUCCUUCGCUCUCACUGGAUUCCUCAAUACUUCACAUAACUAAAAAUUAUAGCAGUACUUCCAUUUCCUUCUCUUACUAUGUCGAUUCAAGUACGUUUUCUAAGUUAUUUUUCUAAUGUUAGUAUUUUUAGGUAUAUAAUAUUCUCACCUGAUUCACGUUCCGGCCAGAAUUCCCGCCCUUCACCUUCCCUUCGUUCCUAUGCCCACUCCCUUCCCUUCUCUCCUCACUCUUUUUCCCUCUCCGCCAUUAUCCCAUCUAUUGCAGCUUCCCUUGCCUAACCUAACCUAACUAAGUCUAACCUAGUCCACCUAUCCCUUCCUUUCCCUUCAGUGUGACCUAAUUUAAUCUUUAUCUCCUAUCCCAUCCUUCACUUUUCCUUACUUUCAACUCCUCGCUUCCCUUCCUCUCCCUCUUUCCUUUCUCAUCACCUUCCAUUCCAUCAUUUCCCUCUCCUUUCUCUUUUCCUUUCUUAUCCUAAUCCCUUCCCUUUUUCCUCCCCUUUUCUGUCCUAACACCCUCCCAUUUUCCUCUCCCAGAGCCUGUCACCUUCCCAUUCAAUCUCAUCCUCGCUUCCUUUCUUCCUUCCCUUACCUCUCUUAUUUAAAACAUGCUGUGUGAUGAGUCUUAAGCUAAAUAUCUAUCACUUAAGUUGCUAUGAAAACACCAUUACCUUGUCCUAUUUCUGAGUUACCUAGAGUCAUAAGUCACUCUCAAGUCAUCUCCUGAGUCCUAAUAAGUCAGCUUCACUCCUAGAUCAUCUUUACGAAGUUACACAAAACCCUCCCUGAAGUCCCUGUCCCUUUGACCUUUACGGUAAGUCACCCUAAGUCCGCUCCCUCGUCAUAUUAACAUUGUGAUUUGACCCUAAAGUGCAUUAUGUACAGACACUUGUAUACACUUAGUUCCAUAUGCAGAGAAGGGAGUAAAUAAAGGAGUAAUCCCUGAUAGGAAUGCAACUUGUAUAGAGGGCGAGAAGCACACACACACACACACACACACACACACACACACACACACACACACACACACACACACACACACACACACACACACACACACACACACACACACACAGAGAGAGAAGGGAAGAAGCACAUACAUACACAAUAAAAGAAUAAGGAUCACACACACACACACACACACACAUACACACACACACACACACACACACACACACACACACACACACACACACACACACACACAGUACGUAUAGUCGUGCAUAAAGGCGACAAUAGUGAACACUGGUAACUAAUAGGGCGAGCAGCACUGUGAGGCGAAGUUACUAUAGAUAUUUAUCCUACUUACUCACGUUAGCACAAAGGAUUAUAGGAUGGCAGGACACGGACCAAUAAUAUUUUCGUUCUGAAGUUGCGGAUUUGAUGAAAUUCACGUGGUAGGACGGAAAGAUUUCAUGAUGUGUCUGUGGGGAUUAGUUACUGGGAAGGAAGUUACCUGCCUCGCCUGGGAAUCUUACACACCUGCGGAAAUUAGAAGGAUUUACCUGUCAGUUUAUCCUACCUGUGCAUGCUUUGUUAAGUCUACGCAGGGAAGGGCGAAAAGAAAAGGGUUUAUUAUUUUCUCACCUGUAUUCAGAUUUAUAUAUACCUGAAUAAGAGGAAGAAGAAGAGGAUUCACCUGUCAUUCUAUCUCAUCUGUAUAUCACUUACACACCUGAGGAAACGGGAAAGAAGGUUUUAGCAAUAAUUGUACCAUACCUGUGUUCCCUUUUAUAUACAAAGGGAAAGAGAGAAAAGUGGAUUUAUCAUUCAACCACAUCAGUCAUUUCUUUUCUUUCUUUUUUUUUUUUUUUUUUUUUUACAUACGCCUGUUUCAUUAACCUGUCUACCCUUUUUCACGUCCUGUUUUUCAGCAACCUGUGUAACUCUCAGAUUCUUAAUUAAUUUAUAAGCUUUAAAGUUCAGUGGAAAAAAAGAAUGGAAGCUACUUAGGGAUCCUUUGACCUGACACUAAGGAUUUUUGCUUUUAUCUUAUUUUAUUUUUAUUCAUUUUUUUUAUCUUUUUUAUUUUAUUUUUAUUUUAUUUUAUUUUUUUUUUUGGGUGGGGGAGGUACGCCUUUACGAAGUUCCAUGGAUUAUAUCAGGCUCCUUCUCUUUUGUCGCCUUCAUUAUAUUUUGCUCUGCUAAAAAUUAUGAUUUGCUAUAACAGUGUAACAAAAUACUAUGAAUUUUUGCUUCCCUUCUCGCUUAAUUACACCUUUUAUAGCAUUUCCUUAAGUCACUCUCUAUAUUCUGAUUAUUUCUUCCUUCGAAAAAUCAGGGAAUAUUUAUCUUGAGAAUACCACGUGAAACUAUGAAUCUUACUUCCCCUUCUGUAAAAUCAUUCCAUUCACAAGACUCCUUAAAUGACUCUGGACUGCGCGUCUCUUUUCACGGCUCCAAAUGUGUUUUAUGUGUCACAGAAAGCUCCAGGAUCGUAAGGGCCUGAGAAGUAUUGGAAAAUGAUCUCUCGGUGGUCUUAGGUUACAAUGGUGUUUGUCAAUUACGUCCAAAAGUCAUCUAAGUUUGGAAAAGUUAGCCAAUGAAAAAGUUAAGUCAUUAUGUUCUAAUAUGGCACAGGUAGUUUCAAAAGUUACCUGGAGAUAUCAUACGAGUUCCUGGAUAAUUUUAGGUUAUUGUGCUUGUCCCUCACUCACCCGUCCCUAACUUGCCUGUAUCCAUAAAUUAGACGGUUUUAAGUCAAUCUUACCCUCUCGGAACCGACUAAGAGUCACCUAAAAGCUCUCAGAUUACUUAUAUUGCUUUUAAAUCAGCAAAAUUCAAGCCAAGUCGAUCUAUAAUCAUCUACAACCACCUUUAAAGGCUGUCCAAGUUACGUGUAUUGUAUUUAAGGUAGUGUGAAAAUGCCACCGUAUCAGAGCCUCAGCAAAGUCAAGCCGUAGUUACUUAGAGCUUUCCAAGUUACCUGAAAAAUCUUGCGUCCUUAUUUUCAUGACCUCGAGAAUGUAAGAGAUUUAUAUCCAAAUUUUCUUUUCCACACUCCCUCAUCGCCCACCCACUUCUCCUUCCUCUUCUCUCUUUUUCGUGCAUUCUUCUGUUCCCUUUUGCCCUUCAUCUCCUUCUCACCCAAUUUCCCUUCUCAUCUUUUCCCUUCUUUCUUCUCCUCCCAUUUCCUCUUCAUGUCUCUCCCACGCCUUCUGCUUCUCCUUACCAGUACCUUUCUUUCUGCAGUUCAUUCUUCUGACCUCCAAGCGCCGCCUCCUCUCUCUCUCUCUCUCUCUCUCUCUCUCUCUCUCUCUCUCUCUCUCUCUCUCUCUCUCUCUCUCUCUCUCUCUCUCUCUCUCUCUCCUUCUCCCCUCCCCGGGCCGUCUUUCUCCCUCCUCCCUCUGCUUUUCUUAACCGGUACCUUUUCUUCUCCUGCAUGCAAUUCAUUCCUUUGACCUACAAUGCCACUUACUUCACGUGUUCUCUCUCUCUCUCUCUCUCUCUCUCUCUCUCUCUCCUCUCUCUCUCUCUCUCUCUCUCUCUCUCUCUCUCUCUCUCUCUGAAGCACUCGAGUUAGUAUGCAAAUCUCUUCGUGACAAGCAAAAGCGGAGAGCCAAAAAAGGGACGCUCAAGAAGGGAAACAUCUCGGCGCGCGGCUCGCAAGGGGAAAGAUAAUAACGCACUUCUUCAGGUAGCAUUGUCGUAAAAGAGAAAUUUUUCCCCCUUGGGUCUUCAUUAAUUUCUAAGCAGCUUUUGGCCCUUUUUUUUUUCCUCCCUCUCUCUCUCUCUCUCUCUCUCUCUCUCUCUCUCUCUCUCUCUCUCUCUCUCUCUCUCUCUCUCUCUCUCUCUCCCCCUCUCUCUCUCUCUCUCUCUCUCUUAAAUUCUUUUCCGUGUCUCCCUCAGGCUUUUGGAGGCUCCCCAGUAUCCUUUCUCCUCUUCUUCUCUUUUCGCCUUCUUCUCUUCUCAAAGUCCCGGAAAGAAGUAAACGCGAAAAAUUUAACAAGGGAAAGUAAAUGGAGGUUUAGGAAAAUUUAUAUGAAUUGGGGUAGGUAAAAAUGCUUGACUUUUUUUCCUCAGGUGUUUGUUUUCAAAGGUGAAUUAAGUAAAUGAGUAAAGGACGAAAAAUGUAUCAAGGGAAAGUGACGAGGGGAAGAAGAAUCUGUGAUAAGAAUUGAAGAUGAAACUUUUUUUUUCCUUUGAUCUUUGAGUGUUUGCUUUCAGAGGUGAAUGAAAUUAAUAAAUGAAGGAAGAUAUUAUGAACUUUAUGACAAAAAUAUAAAAAAAAAAGCAAGAUUAGAAAUAAUGUCGAUAAGAACUAGUGACAAGAAAUCUUUUCCCUUUGUUGUAUUAAUGUUUGUUCAAUGAAAUUAAUAAACUAAAUAAAAAAAAAUAAAAAAAAUGAAACAAGGAAAAUAAAAAAGUAAACAAAAGUAUGGAGAUAAGAAUUAGUGAUUAGUUUCUCUUCUUUUCGCUUCUCAGAUCUUCGCCUUCAAAACAGAAUUAAACAAUAAAAAAAAAAAAAAAAAGAGAAGAGUAAAGGGUUAAAAGUGACAAAUUACAGACAAGAAUCUUUUCCUUUUGUUCAUGAGAGUAAAAUUAUUCUUGUAUGUCAUUGCUAUUUUUUUUUCUUCUUUUUUUCGUGACUUUUUUUUCUUUCUUAUCACGAAUUUUUGGAAUCACGCGAACCAGACAAUUUUUUACAACUACAGGUUCUCUCUCUCUCUCUCUCUCUCUCUCUCUCUCUCUCUCUCUCUCUCUCUCUCUCUCUCUCUCUCUCUCUCUCUCUCUCUCUCUCUCUCUCCCCCCAAAACUUCCUAUUUUUGUCUUCAUCCUUAUUCCUUUUUUAUCUUUCCUAACUUCAUUUCCCCCCCCACUCCCUCUCCUGUCAUUCCCCCCCCCUUCCUCCUCUUCCUCCUCCUCUAGCUCCUCUGCUAAGGUUUACUCACAAAAGGCGAGGCAGGUGGGGAAGGAAGGGAAGGAGUGAAGGAGAAAAGAGGAAAGGAAAGAAGAAAUGAGGGAAAGAGGAGGGUAAGAGAAGCAAGAGACUAACGAAGGUAAAAAAUCAGGAAGGAAAUAAGUGAAGGAAAGAAUGUACAACGAAGAACAAAAAAUAAGAGAAGAGAAGAAUAUAAGGAAGGGGUGAUAAAGGAAGAAAUUAAAGAAGGAACAAGAAAAAAAGAAGAUAGAGGAAAUAGAAGAGGGUGGGAAGGAAAGAGAAAGAAAUUGUGGUUUGAUGGGAAAGCGUGUGUGUGUGUGUGUGUGUGUGUGUGUGUGUGUGUGUGUGUGUGUGUGUGUGUGUGUGUGUGUGUGUGUGUGUGGGUGUGAGAGAGCAUGGGUCUUCCGUCUCAGUUACUUAAAUCCGAGAAUAUCCACUGUGUACAUACAACCAUACAUAAUACUAUAGGAAAUACAGAGGAAGAAAAAAAUAAAUGAAAUAAAGUAUAAAGACUAAGUUAUUUUGCCAUGAGAACACCGUUUGUAAUUGUACAGUUUAGUGCCAAAGAAUUUAAUACAUAUAUAUAUAGUUUUUAAUAAAAUGACAAAUGAU